AUGGCAACCAGCUCUAACGCUGUAGCCAAAUUUAACUGUCCUUAUUGCAAUAAUGAGCAUAAAAUAUCAAACUGUAAAGAAUUUGCCGCGGUUGAUUAUAACACUCGGCAUAAUUUCGUCCAAGAUAAUGGUCUUUGCUUUAAUUGCUUAGGUCGUAAUCACUCUGCUAACACGUGCCGUUUAUUUACGAGAUGUCGCAUUUGUAAGCAUAAGCACCACUCAUUGCUCCACCCAAAACCAAUAACAGAAACACAAAAAGCUGUUUUGACCAAGCCAGAUUUGUCAGUCGAAGUUAAAUCUGUACUGUCAAAGAUAAAGACAGCUCAAGAAAAGCCGGAAUCGACUACGAACAUUACAGCGCAUUUUUCUAAGAAGAUAGUACCUAAUCAAAUUCUUCUAGCAACUGCACUUGUUGUAGCAGAGGCAAGAAACGGUUAUGCCCACUUGAUCAGAGCUCUACUUGAUCAGGGUUCGCAAGCGUCGUUUGUUACAGAGUCAACGGUACAACUACUUGGCCUUAGGAAGAUACCCAGUAGAAGCAAUAUAUCAGGAGUAGGCUGCGAUAAGAGCUCUCUAUCUUCUAAGUAUAUCGUAAUGAUAAACAUUCAGUCCCGUAUCGAUCCCUGCUUCCAAAUACAAGUGCGUGCGCAUGUUUUAGGUUCGAUAACUAGUCUACUUCCAUCGGAGAAGCUAGCUAAUGUAGAUUGGCCAGAAUUGGCUAAUAUCACUCUUGCCGACCCGCAAUUUUACAGCCCAAGUAAAAUAGACGUUUUACUUGGUGCAGACGUUUACAGUCCCCGUGUUAUAAGAGAAGGAUUUCUAAGGUACAAAAGAAAUAGUAGGUUUAAACCUUACCUUACAAGCACCGAGCUGCAGGAAUCUUUAGACGUUUGUAUAAAACAAUGUCAACUCGCAGAUUUAAGAGAUGCCAAGCAAAAAUUGAAACCGUUAAGCCCUUUUCUUGAUGAUAAGGGAAUAAUGAGAGUGGGAGGUAGAAUUCAGAAUGCUAAUCUUCCUACAGAUACUAAGCAUCCUAUUAUUCUUCCCCAUAAGAGCCACUUUACCAAUUUAGUUAUUGAUGAGGCCCACCGAAAGACAUUACACGGAGGUCCAACACUCAUGCUAAACCAUUUGCGCACAAAAUAUUGGAUUAUAUCGGCUAAGAGCCUAGUUAAAAUGCAUGUGCGUAAUUGUGUAGUGUGUGUGCGCCAAGCGGCAGUAACAAAAAAUCAGUUUAUGGGUCAGUUACCAUUUAGCAGAGUAACACUAGCUAGACCAUUCCUUCACAGUGGUGUGGAUUUUGCUGGCCCAAUUAACGUCCGAAUGUCUAAGGGAAGAGGUAAUAAAUCAUACAAGGGUUAUAUUAGUCUUUUUGUAUGUAUGGCAACAAAGGCCAUACAUUUAGAACUAAUAAGCGAUCUCACUAGUGAUGCCUUCAUAGCAGGCUUUAAGCGUUUUGUAGCUCGUAGAGGACAUGUGAGCGAAAUAUGGAGCGACAACGGAACAAACUUUGUUGGAGCAUCCAAGGAACUCCUUAAGCUCUUCACCGCUGAACAGUCAUCAGUCGCUCUUGAAAUUCGUGAGUGGUUAAGCAACAAUAGUGUUUCAUGGCAUUUCAUUCCUGCUCAUGCGCCAAACUUUGGCGGGCUAUGGGAAGCAGGCGUGAAAGCUAUGAAAUUUCAUUUAAAACGAGUGAUUGGCGUUUCUACAAUGACAUAUGAAGAGUUAACCACCGUUCUCACGCAAAUAGAAGCAUGUCUAAACUCAAGGCCUUUAUCGAUAUUACCAGAUAAUCACAGUGAUCCCGCACCUCUAACUCCAGGACAUUUCCUCGUUGGCGAAGCUCUAGUAAUUGUACCAGAACGAAACUAUGAACAUAGUAACAUCAGUACUCUGAGACGCUGGCAACUGACUCAAAGGAUGGUGCAGGAUUUUUGGCGAAGGUGGUCCAAAGAGUAUUUGGUGAAUUGUUUACAGAGAUAUAAAUGGUCAAAGAUAAUACCCGAACCUGAAAUUGGAAACAUAGUUUUAAUUAAAGAUGACAAUCUUCCUCCAGGCCGUUGGCUGUUAGGAAGAGUGGUUGCCAAGCAUCCUGGCUUAGACCAAAUCACUCGCGUUGUGACUUUGAAGUGCGGUCAAUCUAUCUUAAAAAGACCAACUUCAAGGUUAUGUAUUUUGCCUGUUACACAAUAA